AUGUCAGACGACAGAUACUCACAGAUUGAGCGCGGUAACGACAGAAGGCUGGAUGAGUUGUCCAAUAAGCUUUCAACGUUUAGGUCGUUAAACAGGGAUAUUGGCAACCAGGCAGCUGCGGAUAAUACCCUAAUUGACGAGAUACAAAAUUCGUUUGGCGCGCUGUUUGUUAAUAUCAGGAACUCGUCGAGCAGGCUCUCGCGAGCGAUCCUAGCGGGAAAUAGCGUAUGGAAGAUGGUCGGGCUGUCGCUACUGAUCUUAUUCGUUUUAUACAACGUAUUUAAGCUGUUUUAA